AUGUCGUUCCUCCUUCCUGGGACGGCCUCGCGGGCGCUCGCUUCUGCCUCGACUUCCAGCUCGCGUACCUUCAGCACUUCGAUCGUCACAUUGAAAAAGUCCAACCGUGCUCGUGGUGCUGCCAGAAAGUCGCCCCGUAACCAGGCUCUUUUCGCCGAGAUCUCGCCUCGUCUCUCACCGAGACAAGGGGGUGUUGCUGCUGCCGGCGCAGGAGCCAAGUCAGGAAAGAAGUCCUCGAACAACCUGGAGCCCGAGGAGGGCGAGACACUCCUCACACUCGAACAAGCUUGCGAAGAGCUUAAGGUACACGGAGCUGCCAAGCGACCGCUGAACGCAUUCGAAGUCCAUGUCGUCACAUCCGUAUCGUCGCAUCAGACCAAUGCACUCCGAGGCCGAAUCGCAUACCCGAAAGACCCUAGGACCAAGCAGGAGCGUCUUCUGAUCUUCGCCGAGGAAGGCUCGGAAGCCGCAGAGGCCGUCAAGGAAAUUGUUCAGAAGGAGGCAGCAGCAUCGUCAUCAUCGUCUUCGCAAUCAGAGCCAGGGAUCAUCUUGGGGGGAUCUGAGCUCAUCUCGCAAGUGCUCAACAACCGUGUCACUGGCUUCACAAAGGUGCUUUGCACCAACACGCUUCUGUCCGAAGUCUCCAAGGGUUUGGCCAGGUCGCUGGGUCCCAAGGGUCUGAUGCCCAAUCCUCGUCGUGGAACUGUUGUCCCGUCCGAUGACAGGAAUUCGGUCUUGAAUGCGAUCCGCGAAUCGAAGGGUGCUAUGGACUGGAGGUCAGACAAAGUCGGCGUAAUUCGAGGUGCUGUUGGCCGUCUCAACUUUGACAAGGACGACCUUAAGAAGAAUGUCACCACUCUCCUCGACGCUAUUGUGCAGAAGGUGCCAACGUUGGGAUCGCAGCAGGCAGCACAGGGUGCUGGACAGGCCAAGGAAUACACCCCCCGCGAGAAGAGGUCACCAGGCGAGCUCAAGAAGGCAGCCAACAUCAUCAAGCAGGUGCACCUCAGCUCGACACAAGGUCCAGGAAUCAAGCUCGAUUUGCGAGAUGUUUUGGCAUAG